AUGGUGAAAUUUACUUAUUUCCUAUUUUAUAUCUUUUUACUAUCAUUUUAUGUCAUUGAAAGCUUACUAGAAAAUAAUGGAUAUAAAUGUGAGACAAGACAAAGUUUAAAACUUAAUAAAAGAUUACAUGGUUUACCUCAAAAAACUGAACCACCAUUUAUUUUUCAAUUUAUUGAUAAUAAUGGAAAACAUGUUAAAACAUAUGAAGUUAAACAAAAUUAUACAGUAAGAAUUGUUGGAUUUAGUAGAUAUAGAGGUUUUUUAAUUCAAUCACGUGCUGCAGAUGUUAAAGGAAAUGUAAUAGGAUCAUUAACAGAAGGAAUGUUUAUUGAGGAUAAGCUUUGGAAUAAAUUAGGUAUUAAAUAUCAAUCAUGUAGUAAAUCAUAUCCAACAAUGGAUAGUAUAACACAUUCUAAUGAUAAGCAAAAAUAUAUUACAGAAGUUAAGUGGUUUACAGAAAAUGAUAUUGGUCCAAUUCAAUUUAUUAUUACAAUAUCAAUAAAUGAUAAAAUCUAUUGGGAAAAAUGGACACCAAAAAGUGGAUUAAUAUAUUCUAAAAAAUAUUUAUCGAAUUAA